AUGUGCAUUUUCACAAGCUUUACGAUUCAUUUGAAUAAUCAGCUACGAUCAUCAGUAAAAGAGAAAUAAUAAAAGAAGACGGCGAUUGAGAAUUAAAACAUGCUUUUUCUCAUAGCAAGUGAUUAGAAUCAAUGUAAACAGCAAGAUGAUUGGUUUAAAAAGCAUAAUGCAGUCUUGAACUGUGGAACUCGAGCCGUGAAUGCAAGGGACACCAUGAGCGAUCCAAAUCGCUCGAUCGUCCUUCCUUCGUGCUCAUUUGUCCGGAAUAAAUGUCUGAUACGUACAUGCACUUCCAUAUGUAAAUAAGUGUGAAUAAGUAACGCGGCUGUACGCUGGGAUCAAGACAGACGAAGACAACCAGACUUUACCCAAUCUAGUAACGCACGAUCUCGUAAAAUAUUGUCGUAGUGAUGAAAAUAUCAAAGUCCACUGUUAUUCUCCUGGUUCUGAUGCUGAUAUUCUCCAUCUUGAUGGCGAAUAUAGCUGAUUUGAUCAGCAUCAAUCCUCAUUUUCCAGAUGAAACCUUGGGAGACAAUAACGGAAAGAUACAGUGGACUGAACCAAAGUAUUAUAACAUAGCAAAUUCAUAUAAUCACUUAAUAUGGUUCCUACAGAUAACUGAUAUACAUAUAAGUAUCUUUAGGGAUCCAUCUAGGCUAUCAGAGUUCAAGGAAUUCUGUAAUGUGACAGUAAAUUCUAUUCAGCCUAGAGUUGUUCUUGCUUCUGGAGAUUUGACUGAUGCUGUAGCUAAAGAUGGAUUUGGUUCUAAACAAGAACACCGAGAAUGGCAACAUUAUAGAUACAUAAUAGAUCAGACUAAUGUCAGCAAGAAAGUUUUAUGGUUAGAUGUCAGAGGAAAUCAUGACAAUUUCGACAUCAUCAAUUUUGAUUCCAAAAAUAACUAUUAUUUAUACUAUUCUAUUCAAGGGAAGAAACAUCCCAGAUCUUACAUGUACAAUAUUGAUACUGGUCUUGAAACAUACUCCUUUAUUGCAAUUGACGCUUGCUUGAAACCAGGUCCUAAGAGACCAUUUAAUUUCAUUGGUAUUUUAGAUCAGGAUGAGAUUAAUAGGAUACAACAGUUAAUUAAUCGAUCAAAAGAAAACAAUGCUGCUCAUGCAGUUGUGUUUGGGCAUUAUCCUACAUCCAGCAUAAUAUCACAAGCUGACACAAAUAUCAGAAAUAUUUUAGGUAGCCACAAAGAAAGUAUGGUGUAUCUGUGUGGCCACUUCCAUACACUUGGCAAUAUGGUACCCAACAUGUACUCUUUACAAAAGAUGGGUUUCCUUGAGCUAGAAUUAGCAGAUUGGAAAGACAAUAGAAUGUAUCGCCUCGCCGCAAUAGAUCAUGGCCAAUUCUCAUUUAUUGAUAUAAAACACAAUGAUUGGCCUGUAAUAUUAAUCACCAAUCCAAAAAAUAUGCUAUUUAUGAUGCCACAAAAAGAAAAUUUGGAAUCUAUUAUCAAAUCCACGCAUGUCAGAAUACUAGCAUUUUCUACGGUUCCGUUAAAAACUGUCGAAAUUCAAUUAGAUAAUGAUGUUUGGCAAAAAUGUGAUCAUGUAAAUGGACCUCUCUAUGUAUUGCCAUGGAACUCGACGAGAUAUAAGGAGGGUAUUCAUCAGAUAACAGUAUGUGUAGUUGAUAAUGAAAACAGAAGGAAAAUUGUAUCAUAUUCUUUUUCCCUUGAUGGAUCAUGGUUAUCCGUUUCUAUUCUUCCAAAGUUAGUACUGAUGGCUAACAUAGUUUAUAUUUUUCAGUUCCUAUUCCUCGUUACAUUGAUAUUAGCAAUUAUUCCGCUGUGCUUCCUUCGAUUCGUUCACAUGUAUUACAAGAAUAACCGAAUAGAACUACCGCGGCGACGUAUGAAGUUCUUUCAUUUGUGGCUGAGGAAAUUAUGGAUACUAUCCGCUGUUGAUAGAGUAUUUUAUGGACUAGUGCUAUAUACGUUAUAUUUUGCCGUCGGUCCAUGGACCAUGGGAGAAAUAAUUGAAGAUCACACAGGUGUAAUUUUUGUGUGGGGAACAUUCAUCGGAAACAUGUAUUUACCAGGCGGCUUAACUUAUGCUUAUGGAUUCCUUCAGUUACUGUGUUUCCAUUUGCCUCUUACAAUAAUUUUAGCGCAUCACAUUGAUCGUAGAUUACGAGAUGCUGAAUGUCCUUCGCGAGUCUUGUCAAAAUUCCAUACAAUUUGGCGAUUUUUACCAAUUUUAAUAAUAAUCUUAUUACAAUUUGUUCUGGGCUAUUUCUUAUAUCUAGAAUAUGGUACAACAGCAAUAUUACUAUGUCCAUUACGAACGGGAAGUAUUAUUGUAGCAGCAGCACUAUCUUAUUCUAUUGCCACAAUGCCGGUUUCAUGCUUAAAGUCUGCUGCAUCUGUAUGGUGUACUAAUGGAGUUAUUGAUAAUAAUAAUGCAAUUCAAUAA